CGUAUAUAAAGGGGCAACGCGUACAGCACCCCCGGAGUUUGACUUGACGGAGUCUGUGACGUUCUCGUCUUCUGUGGUGACAAACGGAGACGUGUUUCUAGCCUUCGGCCGAAGCGGGAUUCUAACAUGGCAAAGUUGGUGAUUCUGCUAGGCGUCGUCGUUGCAGCCGUGACCAUGGUGCACGCGCAACAGGACCAAAGCGGAGCGUACCAGUUCAAGUACGACAUAAAGGACCCGGAAGGAGGCAGUCACUUCCACGAGGAGUCGAGCGACGCGGGGGGCAACCGACGCGGCUCGUACGGCAUGACCAACAGGGAGGGACAAUACGUCAAAGUUGAGUACACUGCCGACGAGAGCGGCUACAAGCCGGUCAUCGACAGCAACGUGCCCGGUGUGUCACGGCAGGGUUGAGCACGCAUGCAGCAGACAUGACAGGACGCAUCGCAGCGCGGGGACUUUCGGCAGCGGCAUUGGGGCUUUCAUUUCCAUGACUUCAUUUCUCACUCCUCGGAACAGUAGCAGUUGCUUCCGGCCGGCGCAGAACAUCGUUGUGAUUAAGGAUGUUUGGAAUAUAAAGGGAAUCGCUUACAA